UAAGAACCAGCGCCUGCGCAUCAGCAGCGGAACUCGGCUUACGGCAAGUUUGAGGAGUCAGAGCGCGAAAUUGCGGACAAGAAGCAGGUCGACGGUUGUAAAUUGGCAGUAAAGACGCUGUGUACACCAGGUCUGGAGGAAUACGCCAGAGAAAUGUUGGACGGGGGUCGGUUUGUGGAGGCUGUGGCAAGACUGGGCUACCCGGGUGCCGCUGCGCUAAAGGGCGAGGAUUUUGACUGGCUGUUCGACACGCCUGAGCACCAGCAGUUCCUGCGCUUCUUCUGCAGCAGCGUGAACAAGAGCAAUGUGCUCUCCCCGGAGGAGGUGCGCUCCUUCCGGGCUCUACGGGACUCCGGGAAACCCCUCCUGGACGAGGCCGAGCUCGGGGAGGCGCUCAAGGCCUGCCAGGCAACCUCGGCACAGGCCGCCUCGUCCUGCUCUCAGCUGGAGGAGGUGGACGUGGAGCAGUUGGAGGAGGAGCUCCAGGCCCUGCGCACGGAGAAGAAGCUGAAGACGCAGAGGCUGAAGAGGCUUCAGGUCCUGGCCAUCGGCCGCUCUGACACCGCCCUCCGGCUGGCGUCCCGGCAGGAGGACACUGCCCACAGGCUGAGAGACGACCUCUCCGCCCUGGGGGCCGAGAACGCCGAGACCAACGGUGCGCUGCAGGCGCUGACGGACGAGGUGAAGCGGCUGGCCUCCUUCCUCCGCGUGGAGUGCCCUCUGCAGGAGAGCGAUGGGGCCGCGCCCACCCCGGCCCCGCCCCUAGCACAGGGCCCUCCCGUCUUCCUCUCCCAGCUCUCCCUGGAGCCCUACCUGCACCAGGAGGAGCUCAACACCAAGACCCUGGCCCUCUACACGCAGAAGCAGUUCUUCACAGGCAUCGCGGGCAUGCUCGAGACCUCCAGCCGGGAGAACUUCCAGCUGCUGGACCUCAGCAGCUGCGCGGAGCAGGACGAGGCGGCGGCGGUGGAGGCCCGGCGGUCCGAGAUGGCCCGGCUGCAGUGGGCCCACAUUGUGACCCAGCAUCAGCUGCUCCUGGCCCAGGCUGAGGAGCACGGGACCAGGGCCGGCAUGCAGUGGAUCACCCAGACCCUGCGUGGGAAGGCCAAGCCGUGUGGGUCGGCACAGGCUCUUCAGGCCCGGGAGGUGGGCUUUCAGCAGGAGCUGCAGGCGGUUGGGGGCGAGCUGGAGGCCCUGCUGCGCGAGGCCGUCCCAGCAGCCCUCAGGGGGAGCGCGCGGCUGCUCAACGUGCCGGUGGUGCGCGGCGACUUCGAGCUGCAGCUGGCGCGGCAGGAGUACUACACGUCCCGGCAGGAUCACGUGUGCGCCUGCCUGCUGCGGCAGAAGGCCUCCUUCGAGCUGCUGCGCCUGGCCCAGGAGCUGGAGCUGCGGCAGGGGAGAGCGCUGCUGGGCCUGCUGGAGGAGCUGAGCGGGAGGCUGGAGAGCGCCAGCGCCUCCCUCAGGCAGCGCCUGCACGUCUUCUCCCAGCCCGAGCUCGGCCUCGCCCACGCCAGCCAGCCCUGCACCGUCAUCGGCACCAAGGACACGGCCUUCAGCAGGCUGUAUAAAGCCCUGGAGCGGGACAGUGAGGCCGCAGGAGCGCGGGACGAACCCUUCAGGACGUUUGAGGGGCUGGAGCGGGCGGCGCAGGCCCUGCAGGAGGAGCUGCGGUCCGUCCGGGAGGCUCUGGGCGGGGCGAUCCGGGAACAGGCCUUCGAGGCGGCCAGUCUGGAGGCCGACUGCGACUUGCUCCGCGGGGCGGCGUACUCUGGGCUGCAGCAGCUGGUGCUGACGCCUCAGGUAUGUGCCACGCCCAAUCGGGAGCUCUGCCCAAACUCACAGGAGCUGAGAGGGCAUUUGCAGGACCUGGAGGCCGAGCUCAGCAGCCUGAAUAAUCUGAUGAAAGACAUUGUGGGGGAGAUCCGGGGCAAGAGGGCCCAGCUGGAGCGGAGCCGCACCCUGAAGAAGGAGCGCGAUCUCUACAUCUACUUCCACCUGGACGACAGGCUGCUGAAGAGGGUGGUGCAGGACCUGGAGAGCAGCGUCUGUGGGAAGGGGGAGCGCUCGUAGAGGCCUUGCGAUGGGGGGGGGGGCAGGCAGGCUCGUAUACAUAUUUUUGGAGGGGGUCCCUUUUAUCACUGUUCAGAGGGGACCAUAGGGGAGGCGGGGGAGUCCAUUUUGACUGUUGGACAUCAGCUCUUCUGCAGGAGUGACACAGACUGCUUCCUUUCACACACACACCACACACCUCGCCUCCACUGGGCUGCCAGACAUCGGCUGAGGCUAGGUGUGCAUGUUUGUUUCUUGUUAAAUCCAAACCUAUGUGACUGCUUGAAGACCUUCAGCUGGAUAGCUGAUAGUCAGGUGGAUGAGGGAUUGUGCAACACCCAAAUAUUUCAAGCAGUUUUAAUGAAAAUCCAACCGGUCUGACUGGAGUGCAGUGUAUGCCGCUACAGAGUUUAACUUGUGCGCAUCUAGACGUAUUUUUGCCCGCAAAGCUCAUCUACAACUCGAUGGAUCGAGUUGACUGAUUGACUUACGGUUGAUAUGUAAAGCAAAGGGGAGAGUUUCUGUGGCUCUUAUCGAAUAUUUCCUGAGGAUAUUCAGUGGAGAUCUGUUGUUCAGAUACUAGUCUUGAGAUUGGAUAUCGCACUUAUUUCCCCUCACUGAUGGCAGUUGUCAUGCUGUUCUUUCUUUGUACAAUAUUCGUCUUCGUGUUCUUAGCCUAUUGAUGCAUGUUUGAAUUUCUGACCAAUAACCGGCUUCAAAGGAUACUUCGCCCUUAAGUAGCUCAUGAAAUUAAUUUGGUCCUGUACUAAUGUAUGUAACAACACCAAGUGCUCUUUGAUUCGCAUUACAAUUACAGCCUUUGUAUAUGGGCAUUUUUGUCACAUCCCCCCCAAGUACCAUGGCUUCUGCACAUCAGUUAAAUUUCAUGCUAGAAAACGAUUUGCCUCCUGAUGUAUUCCUGAUGCCAAUGUAUUUUAGUCUACCAUAUCAACCAUCCGUCAAACGUGAAUGACUGACAUACACACAGAGCUAAGAUGGGUCAUUGGCAACCUGCCUAUGGCCAUAAGGACAUCCGUGGAAAGGACUAACCAAAAUGUUUACUUCUCCUGUUUACAUGUUUGCCUGACUACUCCCACAGUAAAAGGAACAAGUCUGGUGUUUGCCCUUUGCCAACCUAUCUUGGACAAUGAGCAGACAUGCCCUAGCUCUGCAUCUGCCCUUCAAAUGCGAGUGAAUAUGGAGGCCAGUUUUACACUCACCUACAGUUCAAGUCCCACUGACCCCAGAAACAUCUUUGAAUUUCAAGUGAUUCUGGUGUCACUUACUUGCCCUGUAAUUCUGUGGCAGUGAAAUGGACCAAACGUAAAAGCAAAGCUGCAUUACAGUGUGAAAACGCACUGGAAUGUAAAACAGGUAGGCAAAAAUUAAACUUCACCGUUUCCUAUAAUUGGAAGGUCCAAGCUGAACCACACAUCCAUUUACAGCACCUUCAGAAAGUAUUCGCCCCAUCUUGAACUUUUUCCACAUUGUCAUGUUUACAUUAACGCUAUACUUGCACAGUACUGUAAGUAGAUCUUCGUAGUGUCUGGGUUGGUCUUCAUGACCGUACAACUGCUCUGACCUGCAGUUUCAGUAGCAAGAACUGAUUUUAAUCUACAGUCAUGCAAUUGAACACACCUGGAUUUGAAAUCCACAUAGGUGGACCUUAAAGUUAGCAUGGUGAAGAAAACAAUAUAUCUGGCCCAAUUUAGGUUGUUAAUUUAAAGGGGUGAAUUCUUGAUUCAGUUUCAGGUAUUUGUUAAAAUAAUUCAUCUUAAAACUGAAAUUUCUUUUCUAACAUUAUUUCCUUAAACAGAAAUAGGAAAUAAAAAUCCAAUUUAAAUAUAUUAUGACUUUGCAACACAGUAAAAUGAAAAACAAUUGGGGGUUUCCUCGCAGACGGGGUGAAGAGGGGUUUUGGUCUAUUAUGUAGCCAGCUAGUUGCCAAUAAAAAAUAUCAAACCUGA